AUAUCGGUAGCACACAUUGCAUUUCAUAACACAAAUUCUUGUUGUCAAUUGCUUUUCGCUAAAAUAAUCAAAUAAAAUGAACCUGUCGCGACUACUGGCACCCCUGCGGAGCAGCACAUGCCCAGUGCGCACCUACGGCAAACACAACAAGAAGUUCCUAUACAAGGAUGGCCAGAAAUUCGAGGGCAUUACAUACUACCCCAGGACAGCAGACCAUCAGGACCCACCAGUGGAGCCGGCCAAGCUGUUCCGGGUGCAGCGCAUCAAGCCGGUGAAGGGCAAUCCCUACUGGGAGAAGCGCAUACUCAAGGAUCUGGGGCUGGACGGCAAGCAGAGCGACUUUACGGUGGUUAAAAAUAUACCAGAGAACAAUGCGCGUCUGUGGAAGAUCAAGCACCUGGUGAAGGUCACCCCGAUAACGUUUCCCUACGGCGAACCAACGGCCCAGGAUGUGCGGCACACGAUACUCAAGGAGAAUGGCGAGUGUCUGGUUACCAAGGAUCUUGGACCAGUGGAGGUCCGCCUGGAGGCACGCGAUCAAUUCGACCAGCAGCCUCGCCGACUGGACACCGAUCUGCUGCGCAAGGAUGCCCGCCUCAAGUGGCUGAAUCCGUGGUAGUCGUGCAAACGUAAUAAUAACCUGUUAACUUUAUUCCUUAAAAAUUGUUUUGCAAAAUA